AUGGCUCCGCAGGCCAAGUCGGAGAGACCUGCACAGAGCUCAGACAUCAUGGCCCAUGGCUAUUUUCAGGAAGCGGAGUUUGUGGUGGAACUGGACCUGACGAAGGUCGCUGGCCUGGGCCUGGAAGUUGACUGGGCAGAUGGAAAGACUCUUUUCAUCAAGAGUGUCAAGGCGGAAGGCGCGGUGCCUUCCUGGAACAAGAAGCAAGCGGCCAAUGCGGUGGCUGCCGGGGAUCGGAUCAUUUCGAUCAAUGGAAAGACUGGCGACCCCAAGGCCAUGCUGGGCGUGUGCAAGAAAGAGAAGCAACUUUCCUUGCUGGUCAGAACAGGAUCCAACGAUGCAGUGAAGAAAGUGGCUUCGAGCAUAGCGUCUGCCGUUCAGACCUCGCUAGCAGCAUUGCCGUCCUCAGAAGAUGGGGGAAAAACGAAGCAGAGCCCGAAGUUCUUCGACUUCAACGUCACGGUGGACAUGGCUUUCCACUCUCAGCUCGGCUUGGACGUGGAUUGUGCAAGUGGCAAAUCUUUGUAUGUGAGACAUUUGCAGGCAGGUGCAGUUGAAGAGUGGAACAGGAAGCAUCCAGCUCAUCUGUCUGUCCAUGCUGGUGAUCGGAUUGUGGCCGUCAACGGUUUUGCACACGAUGCUCAGGCCAUGGUUGACCUUUGCCGUGAGCUCAUGCAAAGCCGCAGCAAGUUCCAGUUGCGAGUCCGUGGACCUCCGCCACCUCCCGCUGAGAGCAAGAAGGACAAGACGAAGGAUGUCUUGCGGGAGAGCUUCAAAGAGGACGAAAGCAAGCCUGAUGAAGACGCGGACGACGGCAAAAGCAGCAGCAGCAGUAGCAGCAGUGCAGAGCAAAAGGUGAAGGACUCUGAGAUAGUCAAAAGCAAAGACAAGCAGCGUGAGAGGAAGGACAAGGAGAAGAGUAAGGAUACCGACAAAGCAAAGGACAAAGAAAAGGACACAAACAACGAGAAAGACAAAGGUAAUAAAGACAAGGAUCGGAAACGGCGAGAUGCGGACAGAGAAAAAGACAGAGGAAAGGAUAAGGAGAAGGCAAAGGAUAAGAAUCAGAAAGAAAAAAGGGACAAGGACAAGGAGAAGGACAAAGACCGCAGCAAGAAGAGAGCAAGGUCAGACGAAAGCUGA